ACUCCCGGGUCCCCUCUGCCCCUGACCCCGGCAUCAUGCAUCGAACCACACGCAUCAAAAUCACGGAGCUGAACCCUCAUCUCAUGUGUGCCCUCUGUGGGGGGUACUUUAUUGAUGCCACCACCAUCGUGGAGUGCCUGCAUUCCUUCUGCAAAACCUGCAUUGUACGCUACCUGGAAACCAACAAAUACUGCCCUAUGUGUGAUGCACAGGUGCACAAGACUCGGCCGCUGCUGAGCAUCAGGUCUGACAAAACCCUCCAAGACAUCGUCUACAAACUGGUCCCUGGUCUUUUUAAAGAUGAGAUGAAACGCCGGCGGGAUUUCUAUGCUGCCUACCCACUGACAGAGGUCCCCAAUGGCUCCAAUGAGGACCGCGGUGAAGUCCUAGAGCAGGAGAAGGGUGCACUGAGCGACGAUGAGAUUGUCAGCCUUUCCAUUGAGUUCUACGAAGGUGUCAGGGACCGGGAGGAGAAGAAGGGCCCAGUAGAGAACAGGGAUGGGGAAAAGGAGAAGACAGGGGUGCGUUUCCUGCGGUGCCCGGCAGCCAUGACCGUCAUGCACCUUGCUAAAUUUCUCCGCAACAAAAUGGAUGUGCCAAGCAAGUAUAAGGUGGAGGUGUUAUACGAGGACGAGCCCCUGAAGGAAUACUACACGCUCAUGGACAUUGCCUACAUCUACCCCUGGCGGCGGAAUGGUCCACUUCCCCUCAAGUACCGUGUCCAGCCGGCCUGCAAGCGGCUCACCCUGCCCUCUGUGCCCACGCCCUCGGAGGGUACCAACACCAGUGGGGCAUCUGAGUGUGAGUCCAUCAGCGACAAGGCUCCCAGUCCUGCCACCCUGCCGGCCACCUCCUCCUCCUUGCCCAGCCCAGCCACUCCCUCCCAUGGCUCUCCCAGCGCCCACGGUACCCCGGCCCCCCACCCUAUCUCCCCGACUCCCCCUUCAGCAGCCAGUGGGGCCAGCGCCGCCGCCAAUGGAGGCACCUCGAACUGCCUGCAAGCCCCUUCCUCCACCAGCAGGGGGCGCAAGAUGACUGUCAAUGGAGCUCCCGUUUCCCCUUUAACUUGAGGAAAGGGACCCUCUGCCUCCUUUCCAGCCAUGCCUCUCCACUCCCUCCACUUUUUCUGGGCCCUUUUUUUUCCCACCUCUUCUACUUUCCCCAGCUCCUUCCACCACAGGGGUGGGUGGGGGUGGGUUUUAUAAAUAAAUCUCUAUAUAUAUGUACAUAGGAAAA